AAAGGAAAAAAAGUAAAACCCGUUAAGCACAUGUCGUGUUGUUUUAAAGUUUUGCAACAUUGCAACGAUAGCUUCUCUGAAAAGAAAAUCUUCGUCGUAAGUGGUGUUGAGAACAAACAAACUUGAAUACAAAUUGAAAUAACGCUCUUUUGAAGAAUGUCCCAUACCAUCUUACUAGUCCAGCCCGGACCCAAGCCUGAAACGAGAACCUAUUCAGAUUACGAAUCAGUAAACGAGUGUAUGGAAGGAGUUUGUAAAAUCUACGAAGAGCAUUUGAAAAGAUUGAAUCCAAAUACUCCGAGCAUCACGUAUGAUAUCAGCCAGCUGUUUGACUUUAUUGAUCAGUUGACCGAUCUCUCCUGCUUAGUAUACCAAAAAAUCAGCAAUACUUAUGCUCCAUACAAUAAAGAUUGGAUCAAAGAAAAAAUCUACAUUUUGCUGAGACGUCAAGCAGCAAAAGCUCCAUAAAUGGAAAUUUCAUUUACCAUUUCGUUCAUAAUUUGUGUUUUUCUUUUCAUCCUGAAACUAUGACGUUUAAUAAAAUGUGUCUUUGACAGACAAAACCAUCAAUCUUA